AUUUUAUUGUAACGAUUCAUACCAAUCAUACCCAUGUGGCACUACAAGCAUCAGUUCAAGUCCUUCUCCCUUCCCCUGAUGGCUGAACAAGCUAAGAAGACAGAAGUAUCAUCUCCUGCAAGCUCUCUAAAGUUUCAGCAGAAGGCAGGAGCUCAUAAAUUCAGCGAGCAUCAAACGUUCUUGUCUGAAGAAGCCACUGACCUCAGUAUUUCCAAGUGCACUGGUGUACUGCAAGGAGAGGGAGUGAUGGUAACCUCAAGACCUGACAUUGUGUCCCUCAUUAAGCUGGGUAGCUAUGGUAAAGGAGUGUUCUCUCGAAGUGUGCCUUGUCAUGGUCUAAUGCCCUCGUUUUCACUACCUCCAAAACGAGAGCGAACAACAAAAGUCGAUCCUUCUUCAGCUGAUGCAAGUCGAGGAUUGUCAAGAAGUGAACAGGAGAUGGUUAGGAAGAUUUCUAAAUGUGUGGAUUGCAAAGAAAAAAGAGUUGCUCUGCACGAAAAGUGGAAGAAAGAGUCUAACAUAUUAUCAGCUGUGGACUCUGCAUCAAGUAGUACCAUGUCUGUUGACGUUGAGAGUGGCUCAGCUGAAGAGAAAACAUCAGGUCAAGAGAAAACUUCUGAAGUUGCCAAUCCAAGCUUUACUGAACACAAAAAACAAUUACAAGAAAAGUGGGAGCAUCUUGAAACAACUGACCAGUACAAAAUGGACGAGUACCUACAGCUCAGCAGUGAAGAAGCACUGUACCUCUCCCACGAGUUGAACUUACUCAACAUUAUUACUGACAAUACGGGGAACAUGAUGAGUCCAAUUGAACUAUGGGAGAAAUUCUACAAAAUAAAGAAAUUCCUUGGAAAAUAUGCUGCCUAUCGCUACUACCGCCAGAAGGGCUGGGUCCCCAAGUCUGGAAUCAAGUAUGGUGUGGACUUUGUCCUGUACAAGCACGGGCCUGUUGAGUACCAUUCCAAAUAUGGCAUAAUUGUGAGACUGCUGACAGAGACUGAAGCAAAGAGACCACCUCCUUGUUAUGCUAGCAGCUCUCAAGAUUCCUCUACGGAUGUUCUAACUUGGCGAGAUGUGGUAGCAUUCGAUCGCGUCUGCUCGUCAGUGACUAAAGAUCUCAUUCUGUGUCAUGUGAUAAUGGACGACAGUUUAGAAGGUCAAGAACUAGAGAAACUGUUUCCAGAAUGUUUAGAAAAGCUCAAGAUUGUCGAAGUGCUAGUAAAACGUUGGGAUCCUGACAAGAACAGAUAAACAUAAUUACAAUGUGUUUGUAUGUUCCACAUGUACAUGUUGUCGUAUGUAUAAUAAUCUAAUAAUUAUAUUGUAUUAUUAUAUUGUUAAUUUUUA